CCUUCCUCGACACACUCUUUGACGUAGAAGUACUUGUUCGUCUCCUUCGUGUCGCCCUUCUCGAAGCACGAUGCCCUUCAGGCCUGGUUCGCCUCAGACCAUUGUUACGUUUUUUGUAUGCCUCGUCGCUGGGGCGGAUGGUCAAGGCCUCGCCAAGAGCAUCCCGUCGGUCGUACGGCGCCUGACGAGCCUCCCGUCGCAAGUGGACACUCUCCUUGUGGAUAUCUUUGCUGAGGUGGGAUGGAGAGCCUGUCGGACUGCUUGCCAAACUUGUCCCCCUUCCUCGUUGUGCAGCUUAUAUACGAGCGACAGAGGAAGGCUGGGCGGAACCAAACGUCAGACGGACGAUGGCACGCCAAACUCAGGAAGUUUCAGCAGCAGGGCGUUGCUGCCGCAAAGGGAGGGAUCUAUGUGGACAUCGCGACGGACGCUGCAGCGCUGCAGAAGAAUGGCGGCAUGAAAGGGUUGUUAGAGCAUUUGAGACGAAUCGGCUUGCGAGAGGUGUCCAUUCACAAGCACAUGCUGUCAGGGCUCUUGCCAUAUGACAAGAUCGAGGCAGCGGCCAGCACAAAAGGGGUGAGAAUCAUGCGAGCGGUGUACCUGCGUCAUCGUCCUGCGCUGAGGGAACCAAAGGCGGGUCUCGUGCAAAGCGAAGGUGAGGUGCUCCAAUGCUGCACGGUGGAUAAGGCAAAGCGUGUGACGUCACAGGUGAUAGGGCGAUGGGUACCGACGUGGUGAGACGCACCUACAAUGUCAGCGGACGACCAGUGGACGGCAGAUCCCUCAAGUGCAUCGGGAUUCUCUCAAGUGUUUCUGUCAGCGCCUUUGCCGUCGAGGCACUGCGGUACGGCCAGGCGAUGCCAACACACGAUUGCCUUUUCUUUUUUUCUCCUUUUGCUGCUGUGUUCAGGGGCUCGGGUGAUCUGCCGGACAAAGUGCGGGCAUUGACGGGCUUCGAUCUGAAAAGUAACUUUACAUCGACGGUGAGAAUAUGCAGUGUACGGUAGGGCACAUCUCAGGUGUGCCCGCGGUGUCUGCAGAGCCUUCAAAUGAUGGAAGUGAUGUUUGACGUCGCCCCCGGCCUACCCGAAUUUGCCCAAUUCACGGCAUAUGGCGGCCAAGCUGCGAUGGUCAAUGGCAUCAAGAAACUCAAGGAGAAGGCUGGAUGCUCAAUCUUCGUCGACGACGGUCGCACAUUCCUGACGGAACCGAUGUUCCAGGUUCGGCGGGCCGACAGGCACAGACUCAAUCACCCUCCUGUGAUGGUGAGAUGUGUGGCCUGCACAGGAUGGACGGAUCACGCAGGCCGUUGAUAGUGUGACAGCGGACGGCACCGCAUACAUUGUGGCCGCAGGGGAUGCCAACGAGUUGAGAGUGCAUUGGUGCACCUGUUCAUCCAUCCAUCCCCUCCUGUCUGUCUGUCUGUCUGUCUGUGCCUGGCUGAAGCAACGGGUUGUUCGAAAGGUAGACGACCUUGAGAGCUCUCAACGGCAAAUAUUUGUCGCCUCGCCGUCAUCGAUGCGCGUGACAGGUUCAACAACUCAGGGAUCCGAGAGAGGGUCAGGAUUAAGGCAAGGCGGCCUGACCUGUAUUCCAGAUAUGCGCCCCGUUUUGAUUUCGGUACGCGUGGACGAAUGCGAGCAUCGUGCAUACAACAAUGCACUCUGUUCUGUGUAUGCCCCAGCGAAUAUUACGUAUGAGUGGCACCGGUUUGAGCUCAAUGGGAAGAUCGAGCUUCCGCUGAAGACGUUGCCGUACUAUGGUGGAAGAGACUGCUGUCCAGGUAGCGUAGCCACUACUUCCUCAAGGCGCAAAUCACUCUUCGCCUUUCUAUGUGAUGGACAGGGCCCAUCGUACUUAACUGGGUGGGAAGGAGAAAUCAUUCGUGACUCUGUCUUGCGCGUGUGUCUGUAUCAGGACCAGCCCUAUUUCUCCGUGACGGGAGAUCGCGGUGCAACAACUGAUUUGGAUAUUAUCGUGAUGACCAAAGAUGGUGACGUGGUUGGCCGCUCCAUCUCAAACAACGUGGGAGGUGACCCGAUUGAAGUCACGGCGGGCGGAGGACUGAUAGUAAGCAAGGCGAGAGAGGGCUGAGAUGAUUCUGUCGCUGUUGUCUCUUGUGCGUGCGAUACAUACCCUCAGUAUAUGUAUCGUCCCGGGUAUGACCGGCUGUUUCUUCGGGUGGGCAAGAAGGUGGAGGGCAGAAGCGGGUAUGUGAUUGAAUGCGGCGCUGCCGGCAUGACUCCCAUGUACAACACUUACUGCAGCAAUGCACCCGACCCCUCACAUAUCGGGUUGCUGUUUGGCGACGACUUCACCAAUGUGCCCGCCGGUCCCACCAUCUACGGGUAUCCACGGGCUGGCUUGCCAAUUGCUGAGGAUGCAUGUGGUCUUGACUUACGGCAUCGUGUGGGUGUGGCCAGGCGUGCCGCUGCGAAAGGAGCCAUUGCCGUGGGGUCGAGCUUCUACAAGGGCACGACGCGAUUUGGUGUGGACCCUCCCCUGAUUCGCAGCACUUCGUCACGAGGCAAGAACUGACUGAUUCUCUUGAGGGCGCUGAAUUGGUCGUUUCGUUCAGGGGUCUUUCCAAUUCUGCUUGACACGAAGGGCGACCGCACUGAGCCGAAGCUUCGCAGCACCCCAGCUGUGGUCGGACCUGAUGGGGUGUCAACCAACGAAGUGGGUUAUGGGGGGGGCUUCACGGGCACAGCAUCUUCGGCGUCGCAUGUUGCUGCCCUGGCUGCGCUUUUGAGGGACUUCGAUCGCACGCUGACGCCCGGGCAGAUCAGAUCCAUUCUGACGCGGACCGCAAGGGACAUGAAUGAUCCCGAGACCAGAGGAUUUGACCAAGGAAGAGAUAAUAAGACGGGUCAGAUACAGCUCGUCAAUUCGAGACAAAUGCACUUACUGAAAUGGCCUGCAGGCUUUGGAUUUGUGAACGCACCCAGGGCAUUCAACGAGCUCGCCACUCGCAAGUGAACGUUGAAAUCUGUCUACUCACUCAGUGUUUGGAUUGCCAUGAGUCCCCUUGUCUCUAAUAUCUGAGAUCACUGAACCUUCUCCUGCGUUCAUUAGGUAGUGUCACGUGUAGAUUUCUGUUCCCUACUCUUACAUACAAAGCUUUGUCGCCUUCUCUCUUUGCAUACAAAAUUUUUCCGCUGUGUACCGUUGUCGGUAUCUGUACCGAUCGCUGCUUCGACAAAUUGCUAACACACGUGCGUGUUGUGUGCGUGUCUGCGUUUGUAUUCCUACAUUGGUAUAAAGAUGGUUCUUCCCUCGUGUGGAAUUAACAGAAGCAAAAUGUUCAAC